GUCGUCAGCUCUGAUGGAUCCUGGGACCUUGUGGGUAACCCCCUCUGUGACACCUCGCCCCCCCUGCUGGUGCGUCCUUACGUCAGCGUCCCCUGCAGGAUCUGUCUGCUUCCUCAGCACUCUCUGUCUCUCUGCGCUGUUUAUCUGAGCCUGACCCGACCCGGCUGCUGUUUGUCUUUCUGCAAGCGAGCUGUGGGGCCCCCAGGAGCCACGCAGCCAGGAUGGGAGAUAAGGAUCCCAUACUGCUGCGUUGCUGACAUGAUGACUCAUCACAAGCUGGGGUCCUGUGGGGGAGAUUUAUGCCCCUGCUGUGUGUUUUUUCUUCACAGACAGGAGGUUCGAGAGAACUGUGUUCGCUGGAGGAAGAGGUUCACCUUUGUGUCCAAAAUGAGCGCAAACCCCCAUACCGGAGUCCUGGAUCCCUCUAUCUGCAGGUUGUCAGUCAGGAAGGAACUCAAAGGAGGAAAAGCAUAUACGAAGCUGGGCUUCACAGACCUCAACAUGGCAGAGUUUGCAGGUUCUGGCUCCACUGUGCGCUGCUGUCUGCUGGAAGGAUACGACACCAAGAACACACGGCAGGACAACUCUAUAUUGAAGGUGAUCAUUGGGAUGACCCUCCUGUCUGGAGAUCCGUGUUUUAAGACGCCUCCCUGCGCAGCCAAAUCCAUCUCCAUCCCGGGACAAGAGCACACCCUGCAGCUGGACUGUAAGGGGGAGGGAACGGCCGAGCCCGGGCCUGCUGGGGGGGUCUCUCUGGGCCGAGCCUCCAAGCCUCGACCCUCCAUCAUCAGCUCAGGUCUCCUUAAUGAAUCAGAAGCCAGCCACUCCGGCCCUGCAGAAGGUUUUCUCUCUGGUCACUCUCGUAACUCCAGCUAUGCCAGCCAGCACAGCAAAAUCUCAGGUUACAGCACUGAGCACUCCUGCUCCUCCAGCCUGUCGGACCUCACACACCGCAGGAACACCUCGACAGGAAGCAGCGCCUCUGGGGGCGUGGCCUCCCCUGCUGACACCCCUGCAGAGGGCGACAAGGACGCCGGACGUCCAGAGAGACCCCCUCGACCUCCGCGGCCCAUCUUACUCCCCAACAGGCCGUCCAGGAGGAAGCAGGACUCGGUGGAGAGUCACCCCUCUUGGGUAAACGACACCCGCAUGGACGCAGAUGAUAUUGUGGAGAAAAUUGUUCAAAGCCAAAACUUUGCAGAUGUCAACAACACUGAAGACAGCAACCUGCGACUGUUUGUCAGCAGAGACGGAACGACUGCGCUCAGCGGCAUCAGGCUCGGGAACAGGGUGUCUGCCGGCGGGUACGAGCCUGUGGUGAUAGAGAUCCAUUAGACCUGGAGCAGGAGCGGUGGAUCGUCUCGUCUCCUGUCUCGCUGGUUUCCUCGGAGCUUCAGCCGGUCUGAUGCCGCGAGGGGGAGAAACCUCGUCAGUUUGCACUUUAUGUGAAGUUUGUCUGCACUCCGUUCAGCUGUUUCCCUGCACAAAUGUUUUUCUUGUACUGCCUUGUGGUGUGUUUACCUAACUAGACUUUGGAUGGGAUUUAUAUCCAAAGAAGCCUGGAGUUUUAAAGAGAUAACACUUGAUGUUAAAUCUGUUUUACCUGUAAGGUGAUAACAGAUACAGGCAGUAACAUCAUACAUUUGUCCCUGGUUUUAUUUUUCUGACUGAUGCUCUAUGCUAACUGUAGCGUAAAAGGAGGGAAACGGUUAAAAAUUACGUCUGAGAUGACUGAUAUUUCCCCUUUUUAAUACCAACUGCUUGAAGUACAGUAUACUUAUUUGUCGUAUACUUUUUUUGCAGUUAGUAUACAAAUCAACAAAACGAAAAACACUUUUUUUUAUUUCUAAAAAUGUAAGACUCUGAAAUAUUUGUUCUUACUUUGAGCCACUCCUCUAUUUCAUUAAAUUCUUUGAGUAUGAAUCAUUUAGUCAAUUAAACAAUGUAAAGUCACUACAGACCAAACAUCUGCUCAGUUUUAGUAUCUUAUCUGUUUAAAAUGGAACCUGCUUUCAAGCUGAUAAUGUUAGAUCAAAAAAUAUUGGUGUCUUGUCAGGGCCUGCGUUAAUUUAGGUAAAAAUGUUUAAAGCCAUUUCCUUUUCAGUUACUGUCAAGAAUAUUAUGUCACUGCUCAAAAACAAAUGAUUGAAUAGGACAGACUAGAGUUAAAUCCACAUGGUGUCCAACUUCAGUCAAAUUCAAGCCAAUUUCAUUAUAAAUUCAUUACUCAAUUCCAUUUCUUUUACAGAUUUAUUUUGACACGUUUUACAUCGUACUUAGCUCGAUCCUCUUUACCUUUCCACGUCUAGGUGGUCAUGGUACAUUUAAUAUCAAAAGGAUAUUUUAAGACUGACUGCCAGAGACCAUCUGUGGAGAACAUGUGUGUGCGAAGUGACAGUAAUGACAUUACAUUAGAGCUGAAAGAGACAGGAAGUCAUUGCCGGCUAGCCCUGAGUGACUUCCUGAUUUGCUUUGUUCACCAACGGUAGAAACCUGGCCAAUUGACUACUUGAUUUAUUCUUCUGUCAUAAACUGUGUUCUUCCCCCAACACUUGCAGUGUUGAUAUGUUCAUCAGAAGUCAUUUUUGUUAAAGCUUAAAGUAAAAGUUUAGAAAACCACUACAAAGAUGCAAAAACUCUGAACCGCUUAAUCUUUUUUUAGUUGUUGCUAUUCCCUGUUGAUCGGGGAAAAGCAGUGGAACCACUUUGUGCCUGUAAAGUUUCUCUUGAAUGAUCCUGAAGCACCAGGAAAUCUGUGAGUGCUAGUGAUGGAGAGGAGAGAAAUAUUUUUUUCUUGUUCUUUGUUUUAAUUGUGUUCUAUGUUGUAACGUGCCGAGGAAUCCCAGCCUAUACUCACUGCAUGUUGCUGCUCCAUCUCCGUGAAGGAUGACUUGUUUAUCAUUUAGUUCUCUUCGCCAUCCGAAGUUCAAACUGAAUGUGAGGUCGAUCUGAGAAACACAGUUUUGUGGUACAAACUGUUCUGGUUUUAUUUUGAAAGACAGAGUUUAAUCCAUGAAGAGGGAUUUCUGCAGACUCUAAAAGUCUUUGUUGCCCCCUGGUGGAGCAACGAGUCUGUGCUCAUUUGGUGUUCGCAUGGAUGUUUAGUUAGUUUGUUCAUCCGAAGACAGCUGUAAACAAACACUAAAGUUGUGUAGAUCAGACACACACACACACACACACACACACACACACACACACACACACACACACACACACCCAGCUGGCUGGUUGAUGGGUUAUUUUUUAUCAAAGAGUUUUUCCAUUUGGGUUUGUACUCCAGAUACUUUUCCACAUAAAGUAAGAACAACAUUUUAUUCUCAAGAGUCUUAAAAUCCAAAAAUGUCUUUUGUAAAAAGAUUUAAAAAAGGAAUAAGUCUUUAUUUUCAAAUGCAGGUUAAGUCCACUUGAGUUUAGUUGAAUGACACAGAUGUUAUUUGCCAAGAUUUGGCUCCAACUAAGGAUAUUCUACAAUCAAAAAUAGGGAUAAUCAGCACAUUUUGAAACCAGCAAAUGAUUGUCUUUUAAGCUUUUUAAAAAAAAAAACUUUUAUUACAACUUGUUUCCUUUCAAACGACAAAUCGAAACAUUGCUUAAUUGCAUCCGAAACAAAUCAAAUAAUCAUUUUGGCCUUGUUUUCAAAGAAAAUCGGCUUUUUAAGACUCUGUUCUUCAUCUGAAAACAUACUAAAGCACAAUAUUUUUUACGGUGAAGCUUUAGUUUUCCACCUUCCACAUCUUAUUUGCAAAUUUCCCCUCUGUGGGACUAAUAAAGGUAUUCUGAUUCUCAUUCUUCACACUUCUACACUGGUUGAAUCCAGCUCAUUAUAUACAAGUUGAAUCACUUUUCUUUACAUACCUGUUUGUAUUUUUGUUUAUUAAUCACGUGGUUUCUCACAAUUUUCGGGGUGAGUCACUGACUGUAUAGUCUGAAAUUGGGUUUACAUCACCACAGCCUUUAGUAUUCUUUUUAAAGCAUUUAUUUAUAUAUUCUCUCCCCUUUUUCAUCUUUGUAUUUCUCAUUGUUUGGAGGUUGUUAACAAGCUAUGCACACAACUCACCUCCCUGAGUCUUUUAUUUUUACAAUUAGUAAUUCUAACAAAUUAUUCUAUUCCUACAAAGCUAGUAUAACCUUAUUUUAUAGAGAAUCAAGUUUUUCUUUUUGUAUUUCUGCUUAAAUGACUUUUAAACAAUAAAAAGCUAAUUAGAGUUUG